GCAGCCCUGGAGUCAGCGCGCUGCUCUCUUUGCGCCUCUUUUCUUGUUAAACAUAAACUAAAACAGAUGGAUUAAUGCUUGCUUAAAAUAACGUUUGUUUCAGCGCUGGAAGGGAAAGGAAAGGUUAGAGGUUCUUACUUUGGACUGAAGUUAGGUGCUGAUUUGACAACCUGAAGACAUUCUGCGCAAAGUCUUACCUGGGCAUUAUGAAGAGGUAUCCAGGAUUUUUUCAUUCCUGGGAGAGGAUGCCGUCUUGCUAAACUCGUGUAGCCUUGUCGCGUAUUUUUUAGAUUUGCUCAUAUUUUAGUGGCUGUCGCAAAGACUGUAACGCGAUCUGCGCUUUUACGCGGUAGUUUCAAAACUUUGCAUGACCAAAAUGGACUGUGCAGGAUUUACCGUUUUAAUGGUUCUGACUGUUGCACUGGUGCGACUGGGUGACAGUCAAAAGGACACAACAGGUGGGAGGAAAGAAGGUGCAGGGGCAGGCCGGGCGGUCUGGGACCAGCAGCUUGCCCGGUUGAGGAGCCAAGGUCACUCGCCAAGAGGACCAGAGGACGGUGCAUCAUCUAGACCAUCCGUUGAAACCUCCCCUGGGUCCAGCCACUCAAGGAUUCCGGUCCGUCUCCCCCGAGGCAUAUCAUCCCAAGGGGAUGGCAGGCACAGACCCGUGCAUGCUGCAGGCGCCUCCCGGGAAGACCACGUCUCUGCGCCGCGGGAUGGUGGGCUGCGCACCGCCAGACACCCGGCCAGCCAGCAGCACAGAACCAAAGUAAACCGCAGGCAGAGCAGCAAGCCCAGCUCUGCCAGCACAAGGAGACUUGCUGGGCCUAAUGUCUGUGGAGGUCAUCAGUGCUGCUCAGGCUGGGCUUUGGCACCAGGAACCAAUCGCUGCAUAAAACCUGACUGCCAGCCCCCCUGCCAGAACCGUGGCUCCUGCAGCCGGCCACAUACCUGUGUGUGUCGCUCAGGCUUCCAGGGGGCCCGCUGUGAAGAGGUGGCUCCAGAGCAGGUGUACAUCCGUGACGGGGGCGGCCUGAGGCGCGUUCAACCCGGGACCAACCCUUUCCAGAGAGACCAACCACGGAGAAGGCCCUCAGAAAGGCAGGCCAUCGAUACCACCAAGGUCCAGACCCCGCGACCUGCGACCACCAGACAGCCUGCCCACACUGUGACCCAAGUGAGACGGGGACCCCCUGACUCCUCCCCUCAGCAGACUGGGACCUCCCGCACUGUGAAACGUUAUCCAUCAUCCUCCGGGCCUAUCACAUCCAACGCCCUACCCAGUGGCUAUGGCUACGCUAACGGCCACGCCAAUGAGCACAGGAACUGGCACGGACACAGAAAUGGACAUAGCAACGUGCACUCCUUUAACACUCACAGGCCUACAAGUGACAGCCAGCUACAGGGACAGUUCAACAAUGCACUAUUACCAGCAGGGGCCAACCUCACCGCCAACCUGGACCGCAUCAAGAUCGUCUUCACCCCCAUGCUGUGUCGCAGGGUGUGCAGCGGCGGGCGCUGCUACAACAGCUGCGAGAAGGGAGACAUCACCACGGUCUACAGCGAGACCUCGCACCAGCAGCAGCAGCAGCAGCAGCCUAAGAACCAGGGCUUCCGACUCUUCUUCUGUCAGAUACCCUGCCUUAACGGGGGCCGAUGCAUCGGCAGGGACCUGUGCUGGUGCCCAUCUAACUCAACAGGGAAGUUUUGCCAUCUUCCCGCUCCGCCUCCUGCCAGACCCACCCCUCACAGCCACAAGGAUGGCAGCCACCAGGGACCAAAAUCUCCCUCCCACUCGAUGUACAUUCUACCGCUCUCCAAUCAGCAAGUGUCUCUCCACCCAUCCUUGGUGAGUGUCCACAUUCAGCAUCCUCCAGAGGCCGAAGUCCACAUCCACCAAGUUGCUCGGGUCCAGCCUGGGCAGAGACCUGCCACCACGGAGGGGGCUCAUUCAGUCCAGCAGCGCUCACAGCCUGGGAAUGGACAUGAACCCACCACUGAGCACAGCAGGCACCCACACACCAAUGGGAAUGGUUAUGGCCAUGCAAGACUGCACUACCAUCAGAACGGACAUGUGGGAAGAUGCUUCCAGGAAACGGUCGAUGGACAGUGUGGCAAGCCUCUGCCAGGCCUAACCAAACAGGAUGAUUGCUGUGGAAGUGUGGGUGCCUCCUGGGGCCUAAACAAGUGCCAAAAGUGUCCAACCAAACCAGCAUAUGCAGUGAUUGCAAACGGACAAGUGGAAUGUCCCAAAGGUUUUAAAAGAUUAAAUCUCACACACUGUCAAGACAUCAAUGAGUGCCUCUUGUCUGGGAUCUGUAAGAAUGCUGAAUGUCUCAACACCAAAGGAAGCUUCAGGUGCACGUGCAAACCAGGUUUCAUGUUAGACCCUGAAAGCAAGCACUGUGUCUCGGACAAGGCUGUGUCCGACCAGAGGGCAUUCUGCUACCGAUCCGUGUCGGCGGGCACGUGCUCUCUGCCGCUCGCUCAGCACAUCACCAAGCAGAUCUGCUGCUGCAGCCGAGUGGGCAAGGCCUGGGGCGCCGGGUGUGAUCGCUGUCCUUUGCCGGGAUCAGAUCAUUUCAAGGAGAUCUGCCCAGCUGGUCACGGAUACACCUACUCGCGCUCCGAUGUGCAGAUUUCUCUCAGAGUGCUGGGGGAAGAUGAUGUGCAGAGCACAGGGGUGUCAUGGGAGGAGCAGAGCCCCACGUACCCUCAGCCUCCAUCCUCCCACCCCUCGCUGCUGCUGCCUUUCAGGCCACAGCACCCCAGCUACCCACAGACACCACAAGUACCCCAAUACCCCGAGUACCAUGACACUCUGCAAGCACCCCAGCACCCUCUGACUCCUCAGCAGCCUCUCCCUCCCUCUCAGCCAGCCAGAGAGACACCCAAACAGCAGGAAGAUGUGGAAAUUCUGAGCCCGCCAGCUGUUGUGACUGACUCACCACUGAAAUAUCCAGAGACUUCUCCAGACUCUUCCAUCAUCAGUCGAAGGCCAGAUUCAAAGGACACAACCCGCACAGCCUCAGCCACAGAUGUCGACAAGUGUGCCACCACCCCUGCCAUAUGUGGCCGUGGGAAAUGUAUCCCUGUGCAGACUGGCUACACCUGCUACUGCGAGCCAGGAUUCAAGCUCAGUGCACUGCAGACCAACUGCAUCGAUGUAAAUGAGUGUGAGGAGGAUCCAUGCGAAGGGAAGGGCCGCUGCAUAAACAGCUAUGGCUCCUAUACCUGCCAAUGCCACAGCGGCUAUAGCCAGGUUAUCACCCAGAACAGGAAGUUCUGUCAAGACAUUAAUGAGUGCAGCAUGCCCAACAAGUGCCAGAAUGGCAAAUGCGUCAACACAGAAGGAUCUUACACCUGUGAAUGCAACAGUGGCUACGCCAAGUCCUGGAGAGACCUAUGCGAAGAUGUAGAUGAGUGCAGGGAUCCCAGCUCCUGUCCCAACGGUGUCUGCGUCAACACGCUCGGCUCCUUCCAUUGCCAGGGUUGUGGCCCAGGGUUCAGGCCUGCUGAUGACAGAUGUGUGGAUGUAAACGAGUGCUUGAACCAAACAAUGUGCGGCAAUGGGAGGUGUGUCAACAGCGAGGGCUCCUAUAGGUGCAACUGUUUCCAAGGAUACAAACUCUCACCGGAAAACAAUUGCCAAGAUGUGGAUGAGUGCGUGCUCCCUGGAGUCUGUCUCCACGGCCGCUGUGUCAAUCUGGACGGCACCCACAAAUGCACCUGUAACCAUGGUUACCAAGGCACCUCAGACAGCAAAGCCUGCGAAGAUGUCAACGAGUGUGCAGCCGGUAAUGUGUGCCCCACGGGAAUUUGCGUCAACACGGCAGGUUCCUACACUUGCCAGAACUGCAGGCCUGGGUUUGGACCAUCUGCUGAUGGACUGAGAUGUGAAGAUGUGGAUGAGUGUUCCCAGGGUGACUUGUGUCUUGGUGGGGUGUGCGCCAACACAGAGGGAUCCUACACCUGUACCAGAUGUAAGGCCGGCUAUAGAGUGUCUCAAGACCGGCAGAGGUGUGAAGAUAUUGAUGAGUGCCAGUCCUUGUCUACCUGUGCCAAUGGGAUCUGCCUGAACUCGGAAGGCUCUUACACCUGUGAGAACUGCCCCACUGGGUACAGAGUAUCAUAUGACGGGGAGCUCUGUGAAGAUAUCGAUGAGUGUGCGCUGCCCACUACGUGCCCCCAGGGAACUUGUACAAACACAGAUGGUUCCUUUACAUGUAUCAUUUGUCAGCCUGGUUUCAGAGUCUCUGAGGAUGGACGGCAGUGUGAUGAUGUGGAUGAGUGUUUGGUGGCUAACAUGUGCCCAGGCCAGCUGUGCUUGAACAGCCCAGGAUCCUACACCUGCAGGAGCUGCGGAGCUGGCCUGCAGCUAUCGGAGGAUGGUUACAGCUGUGAAGACAUUGAUGAGUGCCAGACCCCAGGUGUGUGCCCUGCGGGUGUUUGCACCAACACAGAGGGCUCCUUCUCAUGCAUGGCCUGUGACCCAGGCUUCACAGUGGCACCCAAUGGGCUCUCAUGUGAAGAUGUGAAUGAAUGUGAGGACAACGGCCUGUGUCUGGGGGGCCAGUGCAACAACAACAUCGGUUCCUACAGCUGCUCCUGCCCUGAUGGGUUGGAGCUGGUGGAUGGGACGUCCUGCAACGAUAUAAAUGAGUGUUUAACCAUCGUGGGGAUCUGCGGAGAAGGAGACUGUCUCAACACUGAGGGCUCCUACACAUGCAUCUGUCCUAACGGAUAUACCACCAUUAAUGGAAUGACCGGCUGCCAAGAUGUGGACGAAUGUACCAACGACAACGUGUGCACCCGGGGACAGUGUCUAAACACUGUCGGCUCUUUCUUCUGCUUGUGUGAGGCUGGCUUCAAGAUCAACGCUGACACGCUUGACUGUGAAGACCAGAAUGAGUGCAAGGAGUUCGGAAGCUCGGUGUGUGGUACCUGGCGCUGCGAGAACACCAUCGGCUCCUAUCGGUGCUUCAUGGGCUGUCAGCCUGGCCUCGAGGGAGAAGACGGCACAGACUGCGAUAUUGACGAGUGUGUUAAUGAAACCAUCUGUGGGAACCACGGCUUCUGCGAGAACACAGACGGCUCCUUCCGCUGCAACUGUGACCAAGGCUACACCAACCCACCAGGAGAUAUGAGCAAAUGUGUUGAUGUGAACGAGUGCGAGAUGAGCUUGGCGCUGUGCAGGGAGGCCCUGUGUGAGAACUUCGAUGGCAGCUUCCUGUGCAUCUGCCCCAACGACAAUGAGGAAUUUGAUCCCAUCACCAGCCAGUGCCGCUCCCUGGCUGAUAUGACACCGAAACCUGCCGCUGAAGUCCCUUCGUCCACUCCAUCAGCCGAGGAGAGGAAAGAGUGCUACUACAACUUGAACGUCGCCAACUUCUGCGACAACGUCUUGUCUCGGAACACCACCAAGCAGGAGUGCUGCUGCACGGUGGGGGCGGGCUGGGGGGACAACUGCGAGAUCCACGCCUGUCCUGUCCCAGGAAGAGAUGAUUAUAACCAGUUGUGCCCUCAUGGCAGUGGUUUAUUACCGCAGCCUGCGUCCUCUACACAAGCUCUGGGAGAACAGCGUCCUUACAUAGAUGCAAAUGAGUGUGAGAUGUUUGGAUCAGACAUUUGUAAGAAUGGACAGUGUUCAAAUCUCUUUUCUGGCUACACCUGCUACUGUCGCAGUGGCUUCUACUAUGACAACAUCCGGCUGGAGUGUGUGGAUUACGACGAGUGUGGGUUUGGAAGUGCCUGCGAGGAUGGAGUGUGCGUGAACACAGCCGGGUCUUUCAACUGUUUCUGCAGUCCCCCAUUAGUCCUAGACAGCACACGGCGGCGCUGCAUCGGCGUCAACACCACAGAAGAAACUCUAGAGCCUGAUCACGAUGUGCACAUGGAUAUUUGCUGGCAGCGUCUGGAGGGGGACAACAUGUGUUCGCAGCCCCUCCAGGGACGCAGAACUACAUACACUGAAUGCUGCUGCCUGUACGGCAUCGCCUGGAGUGGACAGUGUGCCUUCUGUCCCAGGAGAGACUCUGAGGACUACGCAAUAAUGUGCAACCUGGCUCGGAGAGGAGGUUCAGACAGUCUGCGAGAGCGGCCAGGAUAUGAGUAUGGUCUCGAGGGGCCGGAGGAUCCUGUGGAGCCUUUUGCUCCUCCAUACUUUGACAGUUAUGGCAACCAAGCGGGACCCUAUGACAUUCCUGAGAGCAUUCCUCUCUUCACUGACAAUGACUACAGCGUUCAACAGCCGCCUGUCCGUGUCCCCAUCGUACGACCUCAGGAGCACCAGCCACAGCCAGUGGAUCCCUAUGCUGAGCGCUACGAUGGCUUUGAGGGUCUCCGAGCAGAGGAAUGUGGAAUCCUGAACGGGUGUGAAAACGGCCGCUGCGUCCGUGUGCGAGAAGGUUACACCUGCGACUGCUUCGACGGUUACGAAUUUGACCUGAGCAAGAUGGCCUGUAUAGACAUAAACGAGUGCGAGGACAUCAGCGACAAGGUGCCCUUGUGUCAGAACGGGCGGUGCACCAACACGGAGGGGUCGUACAAGUGCACCUGUCUGCCGGGUUUCGUGGCCUCUGCCAAGCCGCACAAAUGCAUCCCGGCGAUCCCAGAGUCCGAGCUCCGGGAGACGGGGAACUGACGCAGUGACUGUCGGAGCGCCGGCUUCUCCUGCUCCCUCUAAAAACCACCUUACACCCCUCUGCCCUUUUUCGGGGCCUGGCACUAAACCUCCAACAGCAACGCUGAGACGUCCAAACUCGUUUCCCCACAUGACGCACGCACGCAGACACACACAUACAAAAGCACACACACUUACAUUCAGCACAGAACACAUUCAGAUCCCCCUCAUACACACUCAAGAGGACCAGGAAUUGUGCAGUGAAUGUAUUACAUGGGAUUUAGUACUCACCAGAUAUCCAUUUGCCUUAAAGGGAUUUUGUGGACUGAUUUUUUUUUAUUAUUCAGUGACCCCAGGCAAUUUGAUAUGCAGAUAUAUUUUCCACAUUAUUUUCUCUGUCACUUUUUUUGUUGUGUUAUUUAUUUCAUUUACAUGACGGGCCUCUGCAAACUAAGAAAGCGACCUAUUUCAGAGGGCACACUUGAUUCCUCUUGUUUUAUUCGUCUCACCAAUUGACCUCAGACAGCACGGGAGAUAAUAAAUGUCUUUUUUGGGGGGGGUUCUUUGGCAAAGAAGGAAUGUCAUAAGAAUUCAGCCACUCAUAAAUCAGCUUGUGCUUCACUGUCAAACCCUCUCACCAAUGUUAUCUCGCUCCGUCAUUGUUAGCAUUGACCGUGGACUAAACGGAUGCCAGGGCUGACAAACCGUCAGAAAUUCAAGAGAGAACUUUUCCCACAACGGCUUUUCUUUCCCGUUCUUCAAGAUUAACUAGGAGCUGAAGAAUGUCUGGACCAAGAACCGGGAAGUCAACGUAGCCAAACUAUGAAAAACCUGGAAAGACUGUAGAUGUAUAUGAUGAUCUUUGUAAUGUUUUUAAAAAAGGUGCAAUAGGUAUAACCUGCCUUCCUCUGUUUGACACCAUUUUUACUAUCUUAAUGCCAGCAAUGAAGUAGGAAAACAUGGACUCAGUUGCUGCUCCCGAUACUUUUUCUUUUUAACAGUAUUAACUUGUUUUAUACUUAUCCUGUAAAAACCAUAUGUACCAUGACUUUGCGACGUUUGAUUCUAGGUUCUUCUGACACGACAGGAAGGUAAAUUAGUUGAAAUCAUCCACAGAUAUCAGUACUUUAUGCACCAGUGUCACACAGGCAAAAGGAUUUUUACAUUCACCUGCAACGCAAUUAUAUCCCAGAUCUCACAUCAGACCAUUCCCAUGUGUGCAUCUCUGAAUGCAUGUAAAAACAAAGGCUUCGUUGGAGAGGUUUGGUAUAUUUUGUACAGAUCUAGUACUAUGUAUUAUUUUUGUUACAUAUUCUCUUAAUGCAUCAUAGCACAACCAAUAUUUUUUUUUGACAUAAGGCAUAAAAUGUAAGAAAAAUCUGGCAUUAUAGCUUUGUAGAUUUAUACAUGUCUGUAAAAAUGUUUUUUAAAGCAUAUCUUUUAAUGUAUGAGGAGAGUGGCUGACACUGUACCAGAGGAACUGUGUGUAUACCCUGCCCUGUGGAGCAGAAUAUUGAAAUAUAUUUUUUGGAAGUGGCAGCACUGUUCUAUUCACAGACAUUUUGUCUCUUCAAGUUCAUUACAAAGACAAUGCUUUUGAAAUGCAAGCACCAACUUCUGUGCGUCACAACUUUAUGGCUAAAUCUUAGUAUUUGUGAGCGUUAUUUCUUUUAUUCUCUGUUGGAUCCACACGUCACGAAUGUAUCAUGGACAGAAUCGGCCUACUCAUUCGGUUUUUCAGCUCCCACUCAUCAUCGUUUUUGUCUUUUAUGUUCAGGUGUAAGAGAAUAAUGGCAUUAUUUGUCUGAUGGACUGAGCUUCUCUCAAGAAAUCUCAGCAGCGCAGAAACCUAAGUCUUAUUCUAACUUUGGUCACUGACUAAAGCUGACGACUUACGCCCCUCACGUGCAUUCAUAACCUGUGAACCUGCAGGUGUACAGAUGAUGUGCUCUGCUUUGCUGUUAAAAUAAUUGCCUGAAUCACCGGAAGUCUAACAUUUAGGUCAAAGUUGGAAUAUUUAAAGUCUUUCAAAACCACAAAUAACUUGAGAUAAAUGUCUUGUAAAGCUGUGGUCAUUGGAAAUAUCAUGCUCAUUCAUUUUGUUUACCUCUUGACUGUAAUCACUA